AUGCCUGAUGCUACUUUGGAGCAGUUCCAGCCUUUCCUCGCAGCUCAGGCGGAGGCGCUAGGAGCUGAACUGCAUGCCUUUUUUGCUGCUCGGUUGGAGGAGGUGUUCCAGCCUCUUCGUGAGUUGGUUGCUGCAGUGCAUGGUUGGACCGAUCAGGUCUUAAGAAUUUGGGAUCUGAUGGAAGCUCUGGCUGGCAGUCUUGCUCUCACCAACUCCCUGGUGCCGGGCGGAUAUGAGGAACCUGGGUCUCCCGUCAUGGCCGGUGGUGAAGAGACAAAUGUGGCUGGUUGUUCGUUUGAGGUGGAGGUGAGGGCGCUGACCUUAGAUGUUCCCCCGAGUUUGGAUGGUGCUCGGCCCCAGAUGGAGAUCCAUGGCGUGGAGGAGCAAGCUAUGGUUGCUAAAAUCGUGCCUUUGUGCAAUGGCAUGAAACUGACUGAGUCUCUCAGUUUGGUGAUUGAAGGGGAUUCCUCUUGUGCCGAGAGGCGUAGUGAUCCUCUCGACAAGAAGAACAAAGUUUGCAACAUCCCAACUACCAAGCAAGCUGAAUAUAGAUUGGCAGAAUCUUUCGGGGAUCUACGAUCAGUGGAAGAGGUGCAAGAGAAAAUGAAGACUUAUCUGCGGAUGUACAAGAAGCAUAUCACGCCGACAACGACCCAGGCUGUUCGUGAGUUGCUUCGAUCGAGCAACCCAUCGGUCAUGGCGUCUACGUCUUCGUCCGCGCCCGCGGCCGGAGUAGUCGUAGCCUCGGAUCCGCUGGUCCACGUCGCCUUCAACCAGCAAGGCACGCACUUCGUGGCGGCCACGGAAACCGGGUUCCACGUCUUCUCCUGCGAGCCGCUCGAGCGCGUCAUGCACCGGUCCGGCCCCACGGUAACCUCGCCCGGCGGCAUGGUGUCCUCCGCCGAGCUGCUCACGCGGUCGCAGCUGGCCGUCGUGACGAGUCGGCCGAACGAAGACGACGCGAUCGACUUCUGGAACGGCAUGUGCAAGGAGGGGAAGGUCGCCUCGGUCACGAGCUCGCACCAUAGAACGGUGGGCGGGAUCCGCCUGCAGGGGGAGUACAUGCUCGUCGCCGGCGAGGAGAAGGCGAGGCUGUACUUCGGCGGCAGCAGGGAGAAGGACGUCCGGCGGCGACGCACACCCGGUAGCGUCGACGUGCGCGCGCACGACUCGGCCGUGGCGUGCAUCGCGCUGUCCCGUGACGGCCGGCUGCUCGCCACCGCCGGCACCCGGGGCACGCUUGUGCGCGUCUUCAGCACCGCCGAUGGUUCGAAGCUGCAAGAGCUAAGGAGAGGCACUGACAGAGCGACCAUCCACUGCAUCGCCUUCUCCCCGGACUCUAAAUGGCUGGCCGUCACCAGCGACAAGACGACGGUGCACGUUUUCAGGCUCGCCGACUUGGACCUACCAAGCUCGUCACCGGAGGACGGCGGCGAUUUCGUGCUCCUGCCCGCAUCACCGAUGACAUCUCCUUCUGCAAAACAGGGCUCAUCCCUGUCUUUCCUGAAAGGCUACCUACCGACCUAUUUCAGUUCAGAGUGGUCGUUCGCCCAUUUCAGAGUUCGUAAAGCCACCAAGUACUCCAUCGCCUUUGACCAGCAGAGCCCCAACACCAUUACCAUCGUAGGCGUCGACACAAGCUUCUACCGGUGCGAGUUCGACCCCGUGAAAGGAGGCGCCAUGCGCGAGCUGAAAUACUACAGGAACUUCAUGCAUGCUGCUACCGAGUAA